AAGAAAAGAAAGCUCUCGCACCCGUACCCAUCCACACCCUCUCUUCACACCCUUCUUCUUCUCCAUCCCCGCCUUCUUCUCUUCUUCUUCUUCAUCUUCAUCUCCUUCCCCCCUUACGACAUUCGCAUUGUACCAUAUUUACAUACAUAUAUACCCUCUCUCCCUUCCUCCCUGCUCAUCCCCUCGCUACACCCACACCGAAACAAGAAAAGGCACCGGCAGUGGAUCCUGAAAAUCAGUCCCCGUUCCCUCCCCCCGCACCUCCGUCUUCCUGCAUACCAUCAUCUCGGCGUCCAUUUUAGUGCUUGCCCGACCUGGCUCAUUCACCUUCUAUCCUUUUCUCGCCCUCUUUCUCUUUCCUUUCAAAAUGUCACACCUCCUUCAAUACACUCCAUCCCAUCAGAUAUACCCUAGCAAACAGCAACAAUCGGCGACAUACUCCAACACUGUACACAUUCCAAUGAUGCUAGGCAUCUCCUCCGGCAUGCUCAGAAACAACACAAGCAGUAAUCUCGGUAGCGAUAGCUCGAUCGACGUCGGAUAUUCCAGCUACCUCCACAAUCUCGGAAUGGAUCUCGCCUCGCCUCCCUCCUCUGGUUUAAAACAAGAUGUCAUGCCUGUUAGCGAUAAUACCCAACCUCCAAGUCUUAUUAGUAUUCGAAGGGAUUCUGGCUUUGCACACUCCUCGCUGAACGAGCUUUCAAUGAAUAUCAUGUCCCCAAAUUCUAAUCGAAGGGUAGUCAAGGGAGAGGUGACAGCUCAUCCACGGCACUCCGCACACAACCUUGGCAGCCUUCAAAGCAGCGAUUCUUCGGUCUUCCUUUCUUCGCCGUCAUCCAUUACAUCUUCCACAGCUGCAGAUGGAUCUACGCCCAUCGUACCCUCCAUGCCCAACAAUGCUAUGGACUACCUCCUGAACAAUGUCCAGUGUAUGUAUCUCCAAAACGAGCAACAAAAUCAGCACACUAUGACCAGCGCGUCUGCCCCAUCUGCGCACUACACUGCAUAUUCGCCCAAUAGUCUUCAGGGGCCCUCGAUGAUCGGAAGUAGUCAAUCCUCCUCGAAUGCCAACAACUCCUGGAACAUGACAGCAUUCUCCUCAAGCACCAAUCUUCCCACUGCUCAGUCCCUUUUCGCGAACAAUGGGCUCAUGAGUGCAGUCUAUGGGGUGCAACAGCAGCAGCAAAAUACUGUCGCGAUCGCUCCCUCCCAUCAAGUGCAGGAGAAGCAUUUGACCCAGCAGAAGCUCAUGUCGCCUCUGCAGUACCACCCAAGGCAGGGACAAAUCCAGCGUCCACGUCAGCGAAAGCCUCAGCUCCAGAUCGUGAUCGACGAUGAACAUGGCCAACAGAUCCCUGUGAUGGCCCCCAAUGUCAACAUCGUCACCUCUGGUUUCUCCGCCCAGUCCGCUCCAUGGGAUUCAUUGGUCUAUGAGGUGACACAACCAUCGGCUCCGGUCGCCUCACCGUCCAUGUCUGCGGCCAGUAACAUUGUCCAGGCCGGCCAGCAAGACUAUUCAUGGGGCUUUGUGUCCUCUCCUGUCGAGUCCAGCUUCUCCUCGGAAUCGUCUACGCCCUCUUUCGCGUCGCCCUCGUCGUCCUAUACUUACUCGGAGAUGACUCCUUCAUGUCAGUCCUCUCGAGCGGCCUCGCCCUCAUCUGCAUAUGAUGGGUUUGUAUCCGAACGUCGUAUCAGACGAGUUGAAUUCGAUGGCUUGUCCAGUUCGAUUAUCCGCUCUCGCAAGUCCUCCACGUCGUCCACGUCCUCGAUGGGUUCUCAAAGGCGGACGUCCAACCUUCGUGAGCCCUCUGCUUGCGGUAUUUUAAGCCCCACGUCCCCACAGAUGAACCAAAUCACGUCGACGACUUCGCCCACGCACCAGUGCCCGCAAUGUGGUCAGUGCUUUGCUGGGCCCGCAGUGCUGGUCCGACACAUCGAGUCCAUCCACGAAAAGCUGCUCUGGAACUGUGUCGGCUGCAAGUCAAAUCUCUCUCGGAGGGACGCAGUAACGCGCCAUAUCAACCUCUCGCCCAUGGAUUCGAUCUGCCGUGCUGUCGGCACGAUCGGUCAGGUCAAGACAUCGAAUGGGAUCGAGGUCCAUUACGAGGUCAGCUCCUAUCGUGCAAAGCCCCUGGAUGAGGUCAUGAACCGUAUGGGCAAGAAGAUAUCGGCGGCUUUGAGGAAGGAGAUCGAUAGGACCAAGGCUGCUAUGCGGAUGAGGGAGGCACAUGCUAAUGCUACAGCAGCUACAGCAGCAGCCUCCGCUCCCACGCUCGUUACUGCGAUCCCUGUCGCUAUGCAGAGCGUAAUGGAAGAGAAGGUGCUGCUGAACACGGGCGGCGAAAUGGAGAUGUGCAGUAUGGAGGAGAACGGCUUUCUUGAGGAUGGGGCUAGCAAGAAGCGCAAGCUGUCCUUGAUGGCAUAUGACGAUGUCUUCGGACCAAAUAAGAAGUAGAGAUCAAUUCAUAAUCAUAUUAUACCCCCCCCCCCCCCCUCUCCUCC